AUGCUGUCACCACCAGCGAUCAAGAUCACACGAUCAUCAGCACCAUCAUCAUCAUCAUCAUUAUCAUUGCCUUCUUUGCGAAUCAUGCAAUUGAUUGCAAUCAGUGUCUUGCUGUAUUGUAGUGCACUAAGGAGCCUCGCUCAAGCUCAGGAACUACAGCCCACAAACAAGAUGGCCAGCGGUGAUAAUGACUAUCAGGUAGUGCAACUUCCAGGCCCACGCACAAAACUAGGAGAGGGUCCAGUUUGGGAUAUCGAAACCCAGAGCCUCUACUAUGUAGAUAUCGACACACCGGCCGUCCUUCGUUACGAUUAUGCGGGCAAUCGUACUUACAGCGCAAAGCUUGAGGGAGCUAAUUCCAUUUCAUUCAUUGUGCUUGUCGCGGGACAACCGGAACACUUUGUGGUGGGCGAGAACAACCGUGUGACGUUGAUCCGUUGGGAUGGUCGGUGUGAAGAAGCACAUCACGUCCGGGUGCUCGCCGAUUUGGGCAACAGUCAGAGUCACGUUCGUUUCAACGAUGGAAAGGUUGAUCCAUCCGGACGACUGUACGCUGGAACGAUGCAGUUGGAAAGUUUGGGUGAUCUGUUUGCGCAAAAGGAAGGACAGUUUUUCCGCUACACAAAUGGAACCAUGGUGGUGCAGAAGAAGAACGUCAGUAUUUCCAACGGUCUAACAUGGGAUGAACCCUUCAAUCCGCUGCGCAUGUACUACAUCGAUUCCGCGGCAUUGAACGUGAAAGCGUUUGAUGUUGAUGGGAAUGGAGAUCUCAAGAAUGAGACAGUGUUUUACGAUUUGCGUGUUAACGGGGCGCAUCCGGGGUAUGUUCCCGAUGGAAUGACCAGUGACGCUGACGGGAACCUGUACGUUGCUACCUGGGGAGGUUCAAAAGUUAUGAAAGUUGAUAAACGUUCCCAACAACUUGUGCAGGAAAUCAAAAUUCCGGCUGAGCAAGUUACAUCGGCCGCUUUCGGUGGUCCUCAGAUGGAUGAGCUGUUUGUCACUACUUCUUCAAAGGGAGACAAGCCUGCCCCAGCUGGGGAACUAUUCAAAGUAACCGGUUUGGGCGUUAAGGGAAAACCAAUGCACAAAAUGAUUCUGUAA